AAGCGAUUGGUCGAGGGCGGUGUCUGUCAGACGGUGAGGGCGUAGCUCUGUAUUUCGCUCACUGUCAGAGCUUGAGGGACGAAACGAAGGGUUCGUUUCCGUUUGUAGGCUGCGGAAACCGAGUUUCACAGUGCUACACAAGCCGAACAGAGACUGAUUGGAGCUCGAUCCUACGACCGAGAGGAGGAAAGAGGACAGUAUUGAGGAAGACCUUGUAAUCAAAAUACCGUCCAAAUUUACACUAAUAUUACACUUUAAUAGCACUCAAACCCAGUGCCUGCGAAGAUGGGAGACAAGGCGGGGACCAGAGUCUUCAAGAAGUCCAGCCCCAACUGCAAGCUCACAGUAUACCUGGGGAAGAGAGACUUUGUGGAUCACCUAGACCAUGUAGAUCCAGUGGAUGGAGUGCUACUCAUAGACCCAGAAUACCUAAAAGACAGAAAAGUCUUUGUGACUCUGACCUGUGCGUUCCGAUAUGGUAGAGAGGACCUGGACGUUCUGGGCUUGUCCUUUAGGAAAGACCUCUAUAUCUCCACCUUCCAGGCCUUCCCUACCCUCACCACAGAGGAAGGUAAACCACUCAGCCGGCUGCAGGAACGACUGCUGAAGAAACUAGGCCAGCACGCCCACCCAUUCAGCUUCACUAUCCCUCAAAACCUGCCCUGCUCAGUCACUCUACAGCCAGGACCAGAGGACACAGGGAAGGCCUGUGGAGUAGACUUUGAGGUCAGAGCCUUCUGCGCUAAGACUGUAGAGGAGAAGAUACAUAAAAGGAACUCAGUGCGUCUGGUGAUCCGUAAGGUGCAGUACGCCCCAGAGAAGCCUGGUCCUCAGCCCAUGGUGGAGACAACACGAUCCUUCCUACUGUCAGAUAGAUCCCUACACCUAGAGGCCUCCCUGGAUAAAGAGCUCUACUACCAUGGAGAACCUAUCAGUGUGAAUGUCCAUGCGACCAACAACUCCACCAAAACAGUCAAGAGGUUGAAAAUCUCAGUUCGCCAGUAUGCUGACAUUUGUCUGUUCAGUACGGCUCAGUACAAGUGUCCUGUUGCACAGGAAGAGGCAGAUGACCAGGUGUCCCCCAGCAGUACGUUCUGUAAGGUGUACACCCUGACUCCCACGCUUACCAACAACCGAGAAAAGAGAGGCCUGGCUCUGGAUGGCAAGCUGAAGCACGAAGACACCAAUCUGGCCUCCAGCACUAUAGUGAAAGAUGUGUCCAAUAAGGAGGUUCUGGGGAUCCUGGUGUCCUACAGAGUCAAGGUCAAACUAGUGUUGUCCCAUGGAGGGGAUGUCUCGGUGGAGCUGCCUUUUGUUCUAAUGCACCCCAAACCCUCUGACCUACCCAUCUCUAGACCUCAAUCAGUCGUCCCAGAAACAGAUGCCCCAGUUGGCAGUAACCUGAUAGAGUUUGAGACAAAUAAUUUCUCUCAGGAUGAUGACUUCGUUUUCGAGGACUUUGCCCGUCUGCGGCUGAAAGGAACGAAGGACGAUAAGGAUGAGGAUGACCACUUGUGCUAGCUCUCCCUCUCCCAGGAUCAUGCACCUGAACCUGGGGAGAGGUGCUUGGCGAGUCCCUGGUCUCAUGUUGUCUCCAGGCCAGUAGGCUCAACUUCAGAAAGGGGGAGCAGGAACACUCAUAUGUAUUCUAUUUUUCACCCCCCCCCCUCUACUUCUCCUUCUUCUCUCUUCUUUCUUGUACAUCUUUGAUGAGAUUUUCCAUUUCUAGUCGAGUUUGUUUUGUCACGAGUUUGUUUGAGAAACAGAGAGAAUGAGGGAUGAAACAGAGAGAAUGAGAGACAGAGAUGGAGGGAUUUAUAGGAGUGUCGAGUCCACAGUCUCUGUUUUAGGAAAUCCUUCUAUAUGUUUUGGAUCCAUUCUUUGAUUCAGGGUUGAUGUUCUAAGUUCUAUAUGCUCUAUAGGUCCCAGCUUUAUAAGAAGUGGGUAGACAGACAGAUAUACAUUUGUCAUUAUUUACAUGAUUGAAUACCAUGUACCUAAGGUUGCAAAAUUCCCCAAAUUCCCAGAUUUUCCCAAAAUUCUGGUCAGAAGAAUCUGGAUUUCCAACUUAUUCUCCCCUGAUUCUGGGAAUCUUCCAUCCAAGAUCCAACCAAGAUUUCUGGGAAAACCUGGGAAUUUUGAGGAAAGUUUGGGGAAUUUAGGCAAUCCUAUAUGUAACUGUAAUGUACAGGACUGCAAUGCUGCACAACUACUUAGAGGGAACAUGAGUUUAAUAGUUUAGUUAAUUACAUUGUUAUGACAUAGUUAUAACCAGUUAUUACACUGUAAUUAUAUUGUUGUUAUUACACUUUUACCUUAUCCUUGACACCCAUUAUACCCACUAUGUAACUCAAUACUUUACCCCUUUAUGGCAAGUGUGAAACGAUUACAUAUCCUCACACUGAGGGAGUGAGUGUGUAAGUGUCCUGUGUGUGCAGUGCUCUUAGUUAUUGUCGCGGGGUGUAAAGUGUACUUACAUUCAGCUACAGUGAGCGUUUCAGUGUAGUUCAGUUCCACUGAGGGUGUGAGUGUGAUGCAGUCAGCUACAGUGAGCGUUUCAGUGUAGUUCAGUUCCACUGAGGGUGUGAGUGUGAUGCAGUCAGCUACAGUGAGCGUUUCAGUGUAGUUCAGUUCCACUGAGGGUGUGAGUGUGAUGCAGUCAGCUACAGUGAGUGUUUCAGUGUAGUUCAGUUCCAC